AUGUGGCAAGGCAAUAUUCUCGUUUGGAAUUGUCGAGGAAUCACCAACAAAGAAUCACAGCGAGCGCUGAUUGAUAUGGUCCAUGCAAAACGCCCUCAACUCAUCUUUCUCUCUGAAACCCUAGCGCAAGGAAAACUUAUUGACUCUCUCACGGUCAGUCUGGGUUUUUCAGAUAGCAUCUGUGUUGAUAAGCAACCGGAGUGCCAGGGAUUAGCCCUACUUUGGAAUGGCGAUCUCAAGGUGAAUGUACGCUCUUCGUCGUUCCACCAUAUCGAUGCUGAAAUCUGGACAAAUGAUCAAGCAGAACCGUGGCGCUUUACAGGGAUAUAUGGCUUUGCAGCUAGAGCUGAUCGCUGUCAAACAUGGUCCCUCAUCAAUACCCUCGCUUGUGAGAACUGCUCAUUGCCGUGGCUUAUGGUGGGGGAUUUUAACGAGAUUUGGUGUCAAGCAGAUAAGUCUGGCGGGCCUACUAGAGCUGUGACUGCUAUAAACCAGUUUCAACAUACCAUGAUCAAUGCUGGUCUACUUGAGAUGGGCUAUGUAGGGUGUCGUUUUACUUGGUCGAACAAAUUCACAAAGGAACGUUUGGACAGGGGUUUCCAAUCGAUGCAGUGGAGGAAUAGGUUCCCAUUCAGUCGGGUCAUCACAUUGCCACCGUCAGAUUCGGAUCAUAGUCCACUUCUUGUGGAAGUGCAGAAGGAAGGCCAUAUGCAAAUGCGUUCCCCUAAGAAGUUCAGAUUUGAGGAGGGAUGGUUUGGUAAAGAACAGUGCAGCAACAUUAUCCAGAAAAGCUGGUCCACUCCUCUUACUGGUAAUAUGUUGGCACAACUAGGUAUCAAGAUUCACAAUGCGGGUUGCGAACUAAUGCAAUGGCAUCAAACUGAUAUGCAGCAGCAAAAGGCAGAGCUCCGGGAUGUUCAAGAAAAGUUGUUUGUGAUAAUGAAGCAACCCUUCUCCUCGGAACAAUAUGAAGAACAACGAAGACUUCAUGUUCGGCAAAAUCAGCUACUUGCACUCCAAGAAACUUAUUGGAGACAGCGUUCAAGGGCAUUAUGGCUCAAAGAUGGUGAUCAAAACUCGGCAUACUUUCAUCGGGUUGCCUCACAGAGAAGAAACAAAAAUACAAUUAAGGGUCUCCUAACCCCUUUGGGUGUUUGGGAAACUGAUCACUUAGCCCUACGUCACUUGAUGGCAAAUUACUAUACUCAAGUAUUUCACUCUGAAGCUGUGAAUGAUGAGGCUAUUUCAGAGGUGUUUAGAGCUACUCCUAUGAAGGUCACGGCUGCCAUGAAUAAUGAUCUUACUAUGCCAUACUCUGAUGAGGAAAUUAAAACGGCUCUAUUCCAAAUGCAUCCUUCUAAAAGUCCAGGGCCAGAUGGUAUGUCUCCAUUCUUCUACCAAAAAUAUUGGCAUAUUGUUGGGUAUGAUGUUUGUUUGGCUAUCAGGAAUUUUUUGGAAAAAGGUGAGGUCUGUAAGGAGUCUAAUUUUACUCAUAUAUGCUUAAUUCCGAAAAUCCAAAACCCCACUGAAGCAGCUCACUUUAGACCUAUUGCCCUCUGCAAUGUCAUAUAUAGAAUUUCCUCCAAAGUCAUAGCUAACAGACUCAAAAAAUGUUUGCCAGAUAUUAUAUCUCCUCUACAGAGUGCUUAUGUUCCAGGUAGAUUGAUCUCAGAUAACACACUGGUUGCCACAGAGGUAGCACAAUUCAUGCAUAAACUCAAGUCUCAGGAAGAAGCUUUCUUUUCGCUUAAGCUUGAUAUUAGUAAGGCGUAUGAUCGUCUUGAAUGGGCAUACUUGAAAGCUAUUCUUACUAAGCUUGGGUUUGCCACUCAAUGGAUCAACAUGGUGAUGACCUGUGUGACCUCUGUUAGUUAUGCCAUCUUGGUUAAUGGAAAGGCUUCUUCUACCAUAAUCCCAACGAGAGGUAUAAGGCAAGGUGAUCCGCUCUCGCCGUAUUUGUUUAUUCUAUGUGCAGAAGGUUUAUCUGCACUUAUCUCUCAGGCAGUUCAAUGGGGUAGAUUCAGGGGCUUAAAAAUGUGCCCGCAGGCACCAGUUCUUCAUCAUCUCUUUUUUGCAGAUGAUAGUCUUCUCUUUGGGGCAGCUACUAUGGAGGAGUGUAUGGUUAUUAAGGGAAUCCUUAACACCUACGAAUGUGCUUCGGGACAGAAGGUGAACUUUACUAAAAGUAGUGUUGUUUUUAGUAACAAUAUUCAACAUCACUUGAAGGCUACUCUGGCCGCUAUUUUGGGGGUAAAGUGUGUGGAGGAGCAUGACCGAUAUUUGGGAUUGCCGCUGCGAGUUGGAAGGUCCAAAACUAAGAGGUUCCAAUACUUGAAAGAAAAAGUUUCCAAAAAGUUGAUGAACUGGAGGUCCAAGAUUCUUAGUUGUGCCGGUAAAGAAAUUCUUAUCAAAGCAGUUGCUCAGGUGAUGCCUACGUAUGCUAUGAGUUGCUACCUUCUUCCCAAAGGUUUGUGUGAUGACAUUCACCAACUUUGUGCCUCGUUCUUUUGGGGUGAAACUGAAGAUAAGAAGAAAAUCCAUUGGAGGAGUUGGGAAAGAUUAUGCUUAACUAAAACAGAAGGCGGAAUGGGAUUCAAGAACAUUUAUGCCUACAAUCUUGCUAUGCUUGCAAAGCAAGGUUGGAGGCUUCUCACUCAACCUCAUUCUUUGGCAGGAGCCAUUUGGCGAGUUGGUGAUGGGAAGCAAAUAGAUAUAUGGGAGGAUCAUUGGAUACCUAAGUGCCCCCGUUACUUAAUUCAAAAGCCGCAUAUUGUGGUGCAAGAGAAAGUGGCUGACUUGAUUAACACUCACACAAGACGUUGGAAUAGUGAAGUGGUUUCUGAGCUGUUUCCUCCUCAUAUUGCUGAACGCAUUUUAUGCAUACCACUUCGGAGAAGUGCUACUCAUGACCAACUUAGUUGGGGUCCUGAAACAAGAGGUCAUUUCUCGGUGAAAAGUGCCUAUUGGAUUGCACGGCAACAAGUGCUAGGGAAUGUGCUGACCUCUACCUCACAGGGGGACCCCUAUAUUGAGCUUUGGAAGCGAUUGUGGAAAGCUAAAGUCCCAGGGAAAGUACAAAUUUGUGUGUGGAGAGCUUGUAAUAACCUCCUACCUACAAGGGAACAAUUGCUUCAUAAGGGCUACGAGGGUGCAGUAACAUGUCUGUUAUGCAAUCAUGGACUUGAGACAAACAACCAUAUUUUUGGUACGUGCCCUACUGCCUUGAACAUUCUUUAUGCUGCUCCUUUCUCUUUGCAACACACUCUUUUACCCAAUCCAAUCUUCAAAGAAUGGAUGCUUGAGCAGGCUUUAACCCUUAAAGCUGAUAUUUUUGAGAAGCUAUUAAUGAUUAUCUGGGGUCUGUGGAAGAAUCGGAAUCUGAAAUUUUGGGAAGACAAGGUUCAAACAGCUAUGGAUAUUAUGUUGGCGUGCUUUACAUGGUUAGCAGACUUCCAAAGAGCUAGGAGUAGCAGUUCAGUUCUGACUCAUAAAACUAUUCAAAAGUGGCAACCAGCAACAACAUCAAAGCUCAAUGUUGAUGGAGCUUUUAACUGUCAGGCCUCUCAUGGUGGUGUUGGAGGAGUCCUGCGAAGCACAACUGGAGAAUUUCUUGCUGCAUUCAAGCAACCAGUCCCUCAUAUUAACUCUGCUUUACAUGUAGAAUUAUCUGCUAUCUGGGAAGGGCUUCUGUUCAUUGACAAUUUGCAAGUGCAGCAAGUUGAAAUUGAAACUGAUUGUCUUCUGGCAGUCCAUCACAUAAAUAGCGAAGUUGGAGACCUUUCUGAGCUAAGUAGUUUAGUUCUUGACAUUCAAGGCAAGCUGCAAUCUAUGCGGGGUGUCAAAGUUCAGUUUGCCCCUAGAUCAUGUAAUAGUAUUGCUCAUCGUCUGGCUAGUCAUGCCUAUGAUGCAGUCCACCGUGAAUCUUGGCAGGGACAGCCUCCUCCUUGUAUUCAUGACUUAGUUAUCAAAGAGUGUAACCCCAUUCCAUGA